AUGACUCGAGACGAAGAGAAGGCAUCGCUGUUACAAGACGACAAGACCCUGUCCGACAUCGAGAGCGGCGCGGGUAGGGCCGAGAUCGAGACCAGAUUCCCGCGCGCCUCCCGGGCUCGGUCGGCCGUCUUCUUUCUCGUGCCGAGCUUCCUGCGCCAUAACCAUGGCCUCACCGCCGCCGCUGCCGUCUCGGGCAGGGACUUUCGGCACUCGCGGACCAGGAUGGACCGGCUCGGUCCGACGUCGUACCUCGACGGCAUGCGCGGCGUCGCGGCCUUUGUCGUCUUCCUCUGCCACUACUUCUACACGUGCUUCCGCAUCGCCGAGGGCUGGGGCUACGGUGGCAACGACGGCGCCCUCACGCUCCCCGUGCUCAGGCUGUGGUACCAGGGCCCGCCCAUGGUCGCCUCAUCAACGCCAUCACCGUCGGAGGAGUUCUCGGCCACGCUGUUGUCCUUCAUCUUCCGCCGUUUCUUCCGCCUGUUCCUGCCCACGGCCGCCUCGACCCUGAUUGUAGUGGUGCUGCUGCGGAUGGGCGUCUACGAGUGGACGCGCGACUUCGCCCACGACGAGCGCUUCAUGCGCAACGUGCAGGAGAUGCACCCGGAGCGGCUGGGCUCGCUGGCCCUGCAGCUGCAAGACUGGGCGCGGGCCAUGUUCGAGUUCGUCCACGUCUGGGACUGGGAGCCGUUCGGCGGCAGCACCGCAUACGACGUCCACCUCUGGACCAUCCCCGUCGAGUUCCGCUGCUCCAUGGCCCUUUUCGCGACGCUCGUCGGCGUCGGCCGGCUUCACAGCUAG